AAGGUGGCGAGGACUCGCGUUGGGAGUCGGGGUUUCAGGUCGAAAUCCCAGAGUUUCAUGGCAGUGUUGAGUCGGGCAAUUUUGUUGAUUGGUGGGCCACUGUGAAGUCGAUAUUGGCUUUCAAAGCGGUCCCGGAGGAUAGACGUGUUCGCUUGUUGAGACUCGUUUUCAGUACUAGAUCGGUUGAUGACUACACACACGAGUUUUAUCAGCUUCUAACUCGUGUUGAGGUACGAGAGACAAAGUCUCAAUUAAUUUCUUGUUAUAUCAGUGGGUUGCGAGUAACCAUUCAAGACAUGUUAAAUCUAGUCCUGCCAGAGACUGUUUUUUAUGCCUAUCAAAGAGCCCGUCUUGUGGAACAGCAGUUAGCCCGGAAAAUGGGCUCGCCAUUUCCUUCUUCCACUCGAGUAGAACCUGCGACCGGUGGGCCACAGCAGUCUAGCCGCUUUACACCAUCGGCGGCGGUGAGCACGGGCCACACGACGGCACCAGGCCAUUUUCCAUUGACGGGGACCGGGAACCAGCAGCAGUCGGGCAUGGGUGGACUGCCUCCAGCGGCGACCGGUCAGCAUCCGGGUGGCGGGCUACGUUGUUUUGGUUGUGGCGAGCUUUGCCAUCGUCAGUCGGCCUGUCCACGAGGUUCGACAUCACGUGGUUUAUUUCUGGAGGAUGGAGGGGAACAAGAGGUGCAUACCGAUUAUGAUGGCCCCCCUGUUUUUGAUGUGGAGCCUGGGUUGAGCGAAGAACAUCAUAGUGGGGAUGUGGACUCGACACUUGUUGUUCGACGGGUGUGUUUGACACCUCAUUCUCCCGUUGAUGAGCCGGUGGAGCGCCAUCAGAUUUUCGAGUCGACUUGCACCAUUGGUGACAAGGUAUGCCGCUUUAUUAUUGACCUUGGUUCGUCUAAAAAUGUUAUUUCACAUGAUUCGUUGACAAUAUUGGGGCUUUUGAGCGAUCCCCAUCCUCACCCUUACAAACUAGCAUGGAUCCACCAUGACCGUGCCAUUACUAUUGACC